AUGCCGAUUAGUCACGAGGACCUGGUGGAGCGCUUUCUCCAGGUUGUUCGGGAAGCGCGGAGCGAGGGAUUGAAUGUGAAGCUUGCCCUCUUUGAUGUCGUGACUAGCUUGCCGGCUGUGCGGUUCCCUUUUGAAAAACUCACUGAGGUUUGUCGAGAAGAGGGCAUCCUGAGUUUGAUUGAUGGCGCGCACGGCAUUGGUCAGCUUCCGUUGGAUCUCGCAGCGCUACAGCCGGACUUCUUCACGAGUAAUUGUCACAAAUGGCUGUUUGUCCCCCGCAGUUGCUGUGUGCUCUAUGUUCCGAAACGCAACCAACAUCUGAUUCGAACCACCAUUCCCACCUCCUGGGGCUUCAUCCCGUCCGAAGACUCUCCUGCGACGGCGCCUUCUGUCAUGAAGAGUAACGAUUCUUCAAAGAGUGCAUUUGAGAGUCUUUUCGAAUUUGUCGCUACUAAUGAUGAUACGCCCUACUUCUGUGUCCCUGCUGCGUUGGAGUUCCGCAAGACGGUCUGUGGUGGCGAAGCCCGUAUUUACGAAUACCUGGAAAGAUUGGCAAAUGAGGCUGCUGAUAUCGUUGCUGCGACGCUUGGAACCGACGUUAUGGAGGAAAGGGGCCUACAACCGGGGGAGCAGAGCAAUCUCAGACGAUGCGCCAUGACCACUAUCCGGUUACCAUUCACUUUCAGGGAGGAUUUAGCAGCUUCUGAUUCUUCUGCUACGCUUUUGAAAGCUGAGGAGGCUGUCGCAGCGGUCAGGUGGUUCCAAACCACUCUGGUGGAGGGGCAUGGGACAUUCGUGCCCCUUGUUGAGCACGGGGGCUGGCUGUGGGUGAGGCUUUCUGCCCAAGUUUAUCUUGAGCGGGGGGACUUUGAGUGGUUGGCUGAAGUCCUCAAAGUGCUCUGCCAGCGAUACAGGAGUGAAAGAUGUCAGCUAGAAUAG